AUGCUUACAUCGCUGCCCAGACCGCUUCAUCUUUCGCAGAUGCCGUUCAGUUUGUUUCUAAAAGGCCUGUUGUCGGACGAAGGAAGCGAUAAUGGGCUUAUGGAGGAAGUUGUGCUUGCACUGUUAAAUUUGUCGAUGGAAGAACUACGCUCCUCCAAUGGUCCGAAAGUCUUGACACGAGGUAAAGACUGGUUCGGCAGCAUGGUUGAGUUUGUGGCGGUAUGCAGCGGUAACAAAAAGACACGCCCACCGCGGCGCCCGAAGGUUGUCUCGUACGAAGAAGAAGAAGAGGAAGAGGAAGAGGAGGAAGACGACAGUGACGAGACGGGGGACGAAGAAGAGGAGGAGAGUCAAAACACAGAAUGGGAGGAGGAAAGAGACGAUAAUGAUGAUGAAGCGGAAUCCGCCGAAUCAAACGGGGAGGAAGAGGGAAAAGUGCAAGCAGAAGGGGAAGAAAAGAAGGAAAGCCUGAAAAAAAAAAAGACCUCAGAAAAUGAGACAGACAAAUUGGACGCGGGGAUAAAAGCCACGCUGGAAAAAGUAGCGGAGCUGCGGCAAAUGGCCGCUUGGGGUAACGUGGACAUAGAGGAUCGGUUAAAUCUUUUGCGGUACAUGGUGUUGGCGGCUCUUAGCUCUCCCGUAGCGAGGGAAGGGGCGGAAAAUAUUAGAAAGAUGCAUGAGGAUAUGCAGGUAACGAUGGAAAAGCGAACGAAGGAAAUUCGAGAAGGAGUCCAUAAGGAACUUACUUCUUUUCUUCGGCAUUUUUCUUCUUCGAAAUCAGCGAAGGGCAACUCCGAGACAUAUGAAUCCAAACGGAAGAAAUUGAUUGAAGAGAUGGAGCAGAAGCUGCAAAAUAUCGUGAAUGAAAAUUUGGGCAUGCAGGACGGAAAAGACAUUGGUGCCCUUAUCCGUCCACUCGGUAUGGACCGCUACCGACGAAUGUUUUGGCGAUUUCCAUUUGAUCGUCACGUUCUUGUUCAGUCGACUGCUGCCACGGAUCCAAACUUUCCCAUAUUGCCUGAGCCACGAGAACUUUUGACUGAGAGCGUGAAGGAUCUAAAACCCAAGUUGCUUGAUGACUCAGAUGAAGACAAUUUCAGUAAUGGAAAUGGCAAUGGCCAUACGAAUCACAGGGAAGAUGUCACGCAACGGGUGUGGGGCACUGUGCCGCCGGAAUAUUUAGGGCACUUCAUUGAGGGAUUAGACCAGCGGGGUGUAAGGGAGGCGGCGCUCCGACGCACCCUUGAAUCCAUUCAGCCCUAUUUGCUUAAUUUGAAGGAGCCGCCACUUGGCCGUGUGACUCGGACGCGGUCUCACAGCUUUGGCUAUUUCAAUAAGUUGAAAAUUGAACCAUAA